ACAAACGUGUGCGGAGUCAAGCAAGCAACAAAGCAAAACAUGUCUUCACUUUUCACACGAUUGAGGCCCACUCUCUCUCAUCUCUCUCGACACAGCAGAGCAAGAAUACUUGUUGCAGGGUACCACGAGAAGGUCAUUGACCAUUAUGAAAAUCCCAGAAAUGUUGGCUCAUUUGAUAAGAAUGAUGCUCAAGUUGGUACUGGAUUAGUUGGGGCUCCAGCCUGUGGCGACGUCAUGAAAUUACAGAUUAAAGUUGACGAUGAUGGUAAGAUUAUUGAUGCUAGAUUCAAGACGUUUGGUUGUGGCUCAGCUAUUGCUUCAAGCUCUCUCGCUACGGAAUGGGUCAAAGGAAAAUCUGUCAAUGAAGCAACACAGAUUAAAAACACUGACAUUGCAAAAGAGCUGUCACUACCACCUGUCAAACUUCACUGCUCCAUGUUGGCUGAGGAUGCUAUUAAAGCAGCUCUGAAGGAUUACCAAUUAAAAAGGAAGAGUAAAAUGGAAGAGCCAGUAGCAGCUGUUGCUGGUGAAUGACAUUUAAGAGAACAUUAAUUACAUCUCAGUCUCACUGUCUCUGUAUAAUUUAUGUCUCUUUGUCUUUCCCUCUCAACUCUCAUUGCUAUUAUUGUUCUUGUUAUCUGUAAUUAUCAGUAAUUUAUUAUUAUAUUGAUGUGUGAAUUUAAAAAAUUGAAUUUUGUCAUCAAAGUUAAAGUUUAUUAUGCAAUCA